AAUUUUUCAACUUUGUUUUCGAGAAUGGGAAUUGAAAAUUAUUUCUUUGUUAGGUUUGGAAACAUAUGGUGGUACAUCAUCAAAUUCUUUACAUUUGAAGGAAGAAGCCUACUGCAUUGCCCAGUUUAGGAAAGAAUUUAAAUCGAAUAAUAGAAUACUUUUUAUUAAAGGAAAUAGAAUAGGUAAAUGUAUAGCAACAAUAUUAAAAAAUACAUGCAAACGUUUGUAAGAUAUCAGUCACGAUUAUAUUUUAGUUUAAAAUGAUAUUCUUCAUAUUAAAACAAGAUACUACCAGCACAGUCUCUUCAGUUUAUGUGAAUUUACCCCUUUAUAUUAUGUUAAAAACAAUAAAAAUUACAAGUAAAAAAACUAGUAAUUGA